CGGACGACUUCAGAGGUGCUCGUCAGUGUUGAAGUUGGUUCAGGUUCAGUUUCAGUUACGUUUUGGCGUUUUACGGUAUCGCAGCGGACAAACAGUAACAAUAUCAACGACAAUCGCUUUCGAGCUAAACACAGUCGAGGAACCGUUAACAUACGGAAAGUAAAAGCGCGUAUCUGAUACAAACGAGCCACACACUCUCUCGCACACAUCUACCUUGGCACACGCAUACAUACACACGCACAUUCGCAACAUGGCCGAUACCAUCAACAAGCCCAGCAUACAAAUUCGCAGUGGUCUGCCCUCGCCUCUCAGCGACAAGAGCCCCUCACCGGCCACGAAGCUGUUGAUCAGCCACGGCAAGCCGAACUUCACCAUCGCCCGUUCACCCAAGCUGGAAGACAAUGAUGGCCAGCUUCCGCUGUCGCCGCAACCGAAUGCCAACAACAACUACAAUCCCUACAAGUGCGCCGGCUAUAACAACAACAGCAACCCCAACAAAUUUGUGGUUGGCACCAAGUUCAAUGGCGUCUUCAAGCCAUCCACAGCAGCCGCCAGCUGGGCGAACAGCAAUGGCAACGGUACUGCGGAACAGAAUGAAGCCGCCAAGGUGGUGCUGCGUCGCCCGAAGCUGGCCGGUUCGGAAGCACCGGCGGCUGCAGCUGGGGACGAUGAGAAUGUACCGGAGUUUAUACUGCGCCAGCGACGCAUUCAGGAGCGUUUGGCCAAGGAGAAUGUGCUGGACUUUGAGAAUCGGCGCAGUGGCUACUUCACCCACGUCAUGAUCUCGCCGGAUUCACCUAAUCGUACCUCUUUUGCUGAGACUAUGGCCAGCCCGGCUGUAGUUCCUUCUCUGGAGAUGCCUUUGCCGACCAAGAUUGAGGAGCAGCAGGGAGACAAGCGGGAGCAGGAGCAGAAGCAAGUUGUUUCCAUUGCGAAUGGUCACAGAUCAGAAUUGGACCAGCCGGCGGUGCAUACCAAUGGUCACAAUGGGGUGGUAGUGGUAGAGGGAGAGGUAGAGAAGGAUAAGGAGGAGCCGAAACAAGAGCAGGAACAGGCGCAAGAGCAGCAACAAGAGCAGCCCCUCAGCAAUGGACAGGCGAAUGAUGAUGUGGCGCCUGAGGAGGUGGCCAAGGCCAUAGAAGAGGUUAACAAGGCUGUUGCCGGCGAAGAUGACGACGUCAAAGCGGAAUCGGAGCAAGCAGAGGUUCACGUUGAAGCAGCACCAAUAGCGGUAGCUGCAGCCACAGUUGCAGCUGUUGAAGUGCCGCCGGCUGCCGUAGAGGCACAGGUCGAGGUGGUUACUCCAGCGGCAUCCACUGAAAACCGCGUCGCUACUGAGGAAUCUAGCAUCACCAUUUCUCAUACGAACGGACACUCCAGCGAGCACCCUACCGUAGCAACGGCCGAUCCAAGCGGCGCGCUGGGCGUCAACUAUGAGCCGAAGACGGUGGUCAGCUUCUCACAAGAGCUGGGCGCUGGCGAAAACAACUACCCCGACACGGUGCUGGUGACCAAGGAGGUGCCCGCCUCGCCUGCUGAUGCACAGCUGCAGGAGUUGACCAAGCUAAAGUUCGAUAUACAAAGUGAUGAGAAGAACGAGGUGCAGGUGACACCCGUCCUGCGUGCGGAGUAGGCUCCUGAAGCUCCUCUUCUCGUC